AUGUAUGAACUCCCUACACAGGUCUCCUUCAGUCAAGCUGUCUCCAAUCAUGGCUUUCUCAACAAAACAAUUCCUGGCUGGGGAGACGGACAGCUAGUUGCUGCCGUGUCCGCUAUCGUGGUAUCUCGAGCGAACAUCUCUUAUAAUAUCACGGGGGUCACGGGUGUGACGAGGGUGUCUUACGAGGAUCUCAUUUUGCAAGAUGGAUCUCUCACAGACAUUACCUCAAGUGUCUCGGGAGAUGGCAUACUGUCCUGGAAGCCUGCUAGUUCUCCGAACAACGGAUCUGACCACGAGCUGUUCUUUUUCUACGAAAAGUUGUCUCAUAACCAGAAUGUCCAUUUCCUAUCGAAUACGACAAAAACCAUUUGGGGCAAUGGCUCGUAUGUCGCGGACCAUUUCAGCGCCCAAGGAGCUCGGACAGUGCAGGCCUUCUGGGACCAAUAUCUACUGACCGACGAGCUGAAAGGACUUUUGAGAGAGGUUGGAAAUCAUGGAUGGGAGGAUAGCAUCGAGAUUCAUUCAAAUAUUUCAUGGACCCGCUCGCUUCCAACGAAGUUCGAAGGAAUGUUCGCAUACGACCUGAAGCCAUACCUGCCUCUCGUCAUGUUCGGCAACAACAACAUCAAUCUCCAGAGCACCUCCCCAGGAACUACGCGCUGUACUUUGGACCGACCGGAUCAGGGACAGGGUUAUGUCAACGACUAUCGUGAGACUUUGGCAGCGGGUUAUCAAGAGUACCUCACCACACUUUCACAGUGGCUUCAGAGUCUGGGAGUCAAAGGACUUUCAUCCCAGCCAUCUUACAACCUACCCAUGGACAUGGAAGCUUCGAUCCCAUUUGUUGACGCUCCGGAGUGUGAAAGCCUUCAGGGGCACGACAACAUCGACGGGUAUCGGCAAUUCUCCGGUCCAGCAAACCUCGCGCGGAGAAAGAUCAUCUCCAUCGAACUUGGCGCGGCUUUCGGAAGAGCAUAUAGCUACACCAUCCCAGAGCUGCUGUUUUCUGCAAACCGUGCCGCUGCAGGUGGUGUGAACCAAUUCGUAAUUCAUGGGCAGUCAUACACCGGCAACUAUCCACAAACAACAUGGCCCGGGUACACAGCAUUUAUCUUCUACGUCUCAGACCUCUAUUCGCCCAAAAGACCAGACUGGAAUCACGGCCUUCAAGCAGCCUUGGAUUACAUGUCGAGGUUGCAACAUGUCCAACAACAAGGUGUUCCACGUACCGAUAUUGCAUUCUAUAACAAACAGUCUGCUACUGAUCCAAACUUUGGAACGGUGUACGCGCCAACAGAUUUGAUUGCUGAAGGUUGGUCUUACACGUACGUUUCGCCGGACAACUUUGAUCUUCCCCAUGCAUACGUUGAAGACGGUAUUCUUGCACCUCAAGACGCAGCCUAUCAAGCCAUUGUCAUCCUCGGAUCCCAAAACCUAACGCAAAUCUCAAUUUCCAAGCUAGAGAGCUUCAUGAAAGCUGGGCUGCCUAUCAUCGUGGCCGGCUCAGUCCUGGGGUUGUACCCUUCAGAGACGCAGAUCAAUCCUGGCCACAAUUCUUCAAACAAUGCGUUGAUUCAGCUUCUGAACAACACGAACGUACAUCAUGUUGCAGAGGGCGAAAUCUCCCAGAAGCUGAACGACUUGAAUUUGAAGCCACGAGUUGGGGUGAGAACCAACGGCACGUGGUAUUCGACAUGGAGAGAAGACGAAGAAAGUGGCAUCGCCUACGCCUACAUACUUGGUGACUUGGAAGCAGCGACUGGGGAGGUGGUAGUCCAGUCACAGAGCAUUCCCUAUUUCUUCGAUCUCUGGACGGGAGCGCGUCAACCGGUAUUCAAUUAUAGGACCAACGGAUCUACGACAAUUAUCCCGCUUGAACUCGCAGGAAACCAAACAAAGGUCAUUGCUUUCGUUGCUGAAGCAGUCCAUGGCACUGCGACUCCAGCCACUCAUGCUGCCGAUGUUUCAUCCAACAUUGUUGGCUACGCAGCACUGACCGAUGGCUUUGCAAUACACGUCGCUGCGUCUUCAGAUCCGGCACUCGUCAGAUUGUCGACUGGCACCGAAAACACUUAUGUCAGCCAAGCUCCUGAAUCCUUCGAGUUGGGGCCGUGGACUCUGGUUCUUGAGCAUUGGGAGGCUCCAGAAAACUUCAGCGAUGCAACCAUCACAGCUAUCAAGAGCAACACGACCCACCAACUCGAUGAGCUAGUCUCAUGGGUUGAUCUUCCCACCGCAACGAACACGUCUGGAGUUGGCUACUACUACACGAAUUUCACCUGGCCGCCAGCCUUGACGAUCGGCAGUGCUCACGACGCGUCUUUUGGUGCCUACAUCAAGUUUCCGCCCGUGUUAGAUGCGAUCACGGUCUACGUCAAUGGCGCCAGAUUGCCUCCUCUAGACUUGACCAACCCUAUUGCCGAUGCCACGCCGUACCUGAUGAAAGGAAACAACCAGAUUGUCGCCGUUAUCCCGGGUACGAUGUGGAAUUACCUUCGAAGUAUCCUACCCGAGAUUAGGAGCUCUGGUCGAGAGUUUUCGGCAUUCACCGCUCUCCCCAAGACCGACAAUGGAUUGGUUGGUGUUGUAACGGUUGUGCCUUUUGAGAUGUUCCAUCUGAAAGCUUAG